AUGAGAUCAAACAGAAGUAUAUCUUCAAGGCAUGGUUCCCUCAGCUCCCAUGAAGUUACGUUUGUAGCUCUCAUUGUCAUACUGGUAAUUCUUUGUGCUGGACUAAUUGCAGUGUCCUGGCUGGCAAUCAAGGAACCAGAAACAGAUGCAGUAUUUGGUAAGCGUCAUGAAGCCAGAGGGACAUUUAAAGUAACAUCUGGAGCAACAUACAAUCCCAAUUUACAAGAUAAACUCUCAGUGGAUUUCAAGGUUUUGUCCUUUGACCUUCAGCAAAUGAUAGACGAGAUCUUCGGAUCAAGUAACCUGAAGAAUGAAUAUAUAAAUUCAAGGGUUUUACAAUUUCAAAAUGGUAGCGUUAUAGUCCUAUUUGACCUUUUCUUUGUUCAGUGGGUGUCAGAUGAAAAUGUAAAAGAAGAGCUGAUUCAAGGCAUUGAAGCAAAUAGAUCCAGCCAACUGGUCACUUUCCAUAUUGAUUUGAACAGCAUUGAUAUCACAGCAUCUUUGGGGAACUUCUCAACAGCAAUCCCUCUAAUAACUUCAGAUAAACCAACAACUAGCGCUUCUUUAACAACUCCAGGAAAUUUCUCAAUAGAGUGCCAAUCUGGUUCCAGGCCUUGUGCUGAUGCUUCCAAGUGUAUAGCAACAGACUUCUUUUGUGAUGGAGAAAUAGACUGUUCAGAUGGUUCUGAUGAAGAUAAUAGAAUCUGUGCCACAGCUUGUGAUGGAAGAUUCUUGUUGGGUGGGUCUUCUGGAUCCUUCCAGGCCACCACAUAUCCAAAGACAGAGGAAGCAGGUGCUGUCUGCCGCUGGGUCAUCCGUGUAAACCAAGGACUUUCCAUUAAGCUGAAUUUUCAAUCUUUUAGUACAUUUUAUAUGGAUAUAUUGAAUAUUUAUGAAGGUAUAGGAUCAAGUAAAAUCUUAAGAGCUUCUAUUUGGGAAACUGAUCCUGGUACAAUUAGAAUUUUUUCCAACCAAGUUACUGCCACAUUUCAUGUAGAAUCUAAUGAAAAUGAUUUCACUGGCUUUAGUGCAACAUACAGUACCUUUAACAGCAGUGAGCUCAACAACUUUGAGAAAAUUAACUGCAGCUUUGAGGAUGGUUUUUGUUUCUGGGUCCAGGAUCUCAAUGGUGAUAGUGAAUGGGAGAGGAUUCAAGGAGCGUCUUUUCCUCCUUUCACUGGCCCAGAUUUUGAUCACACCUUUGGAAAUAUUUCAGGAUUUUACAUUUCUACACCAACAGGACCAGGAGGAAGAAGAGAAAGAGUGGGGCUUUUAAGUCUUCCUUUAGAACCCAGUUUGGAGCCAGUCUGCCUUAGUUUCUGGUAUUAUAUGUAUGGUGAAAAUGUCUAUAAAUUAAGCAUUAAUAUCAGCAGUGAUGGACACAUGGAGAAGACAGUGUUCCACAAGGAAGGAAAUUAUGGAGAAAAUUGGAAUUAUGGACAAGUAACAUUAAAUGAGUCAGUGGAAUUUAAGGUUGCUUUUAAUGCCUUUAAAAACCAGCUUUUGAGUGACAUAGCACUGGAUGACAUAAGUCUAGUACAUGGAAGCUGCACUGAGAGUCCAUAUCCAGAACCAACUUUGGUUCCAACUCCCCCACCAGAGCUUCCUACUGACUGUGGAGGACCAUUUGAACUAUGGGAGCCAAAUACAACAUUCACUUCUCCGAACUUUCCAAACCACUACCCUAACCAGGCUUCCUGUGUCUGGAACUUACAUGCACAAGAGGGAAAGAAUAUACAACUUCAUUUUCAAGACUUUGACUUAGAAAAUAUUGAAGAUGUGGUUGAAAUCCGAGAUGGUGAAGGUGAAGAGUCUUUGCUCUUAGCUGUGUACACAGGACCUGGCCCAGUGAUGGAUGUGUUCUCAACCACCAGCAGUAUGACUGUGCUUUUCACCACUGACAAGACUUUGACAAAAGGAGGGUUUAAAGCAAACUUCACUACAGGGUACCAUUUGGGAAUUCCAGAGCCCUGUGAGGACAACGAUUUUCAGUGUGAAGAUGGAGCAUGUAUUCCCAUGGUGAAUCUCUGUGAUGGCCAUCCACACUGUGAGGAUGGCUCUGAUGAAGCGCGUUGCGUGAGAUUUUUCAAUGGCUCUAUGAACAAUGAUUUGGUGCAAUUCAGAAUCCAGAGCAUAUGGCAUGUAGCUUGUGCUGAGAACUGGACCACACAAAUUUCCAAUGAUGUUUGUCAGUUACUAGGCCUAGGGAGUGCAAACUCAUCCAUGCCAGUAUUCUCUCCUAGAGGUGGACCAUUUGUAAAACUAAACAUAGCACAUAACGGAAGUCUAAUAUUAACACCCAGUGAACAGUGCUCACAGGAUUCCUUGAUUGAGUUACAUUGCAACCAUAAAUCAUGUGGGAAAAAACUAGUGACCAGGGAAAUCAACCCGAAGAUUGUUGGAGGAAGUAAUGCAAAAGAAGGGGCAUGGCCCUGGGUCGUGGCUCUGAGUUACAGAGGCCGGCAGGUCUGUGGUGCUUCUCUUGUUAGCACUGACUGGCUGGUGUCCGCUGCACACUGUGUGUAUGGGAGAAAUUUAGAACCACCUUUGUGGACAGCAAUCCUAGGCCUACAUGUGAGUUCAAACCUGACGUCUCCUCAAGUAGUGACUCGAGUGAUAGACCAAAUUGUUAUAAACCCUCAUUACAACAAACGGAGAAAGGACAGUGACAUUGCCAUGAUGCAUCUUGAAUUUAAAGUGAAUUAUACAGAUUACAUACAACCUAUUUGUUUACCAGAAGAAAAUCAAGUUUUCCUUCCAGGAAGUAAUUGUUCUAUUGCUGGCUGGGGAAGGGUUGUAAAUCAAGGUCCCACUGCAGACAUCUUGCAAGAAGCUGAUGUUCCUCUUCUGUCAAAUGAGAAAUGCCAGCACCAAAUGACAGAAUACAACAUCACUGAAAAUAUGAUAUGUGCAGGCUAUGAUAAAGGAGGAAUAGAUUCUUGUCAGGGGGAUUCAGGAGGACCACUAAUGUGCCAAGAAAACAACAGGUGGUUCCUUGUUGGUGUGACAUCAUUUGGAUACCAGUGUGCACAGCCUAAUCACCCAGGGGUGUAUGUCCGGGUCCCCAGGUUCACAGAAUGGAUACGAAGCUUUCUACCUUAA